UUAUGAAUCAUUAACAAAUUAAACUUUCCUAACCAGUCGAAAAACCGGUCACCCUAACCCUCUCGGCCUCACCUCUGUUUUGUCUCCUGCCUCUUCUCGUGCUUCCUUAUUCCGUUCGCCAUCGCCGUCCUCUGGUUUGCCCUGAGCCACCGUCGCCGUGCUCGGCUUGGCCGUCUGCCUCUGCGUAUUCUGGUCAAUCUGAUGUAGAAGAAGAAUCAGAAAGCUUGGGAGGGAAGAAUAUAUUUUUGGUAUAAGAAUGAAGGAACCAUGACUGCAGAACAAAGGAAGUGAAAAAAGAUUUCUUUUUGCUAAGGAGAGGCUCGCGUGAAGUUCGAGUCUUUUCGCUUCUGAGCAAGCACGAAAGAAAUCACUAAUCACGUUUGAAAAGAAGCCAACAUUUUGCCUCUUGCAGUGUGGUUCUUGAAACAAGGAUGUCAUCACCGGCUCAUUCAUCUGUGUCAACCACCGCGGUUGUUGGUGGAGGCGGCGGCGGAGGUGGCAGUAGCAGCAAUGCCGCACUUUCCAUUGACGAUUUCCAUUUCCCCUUUGACCCCAUUUCAACGCAUGAACAGAAGGAUGAUGCCAUGCUAGUGUUGAAGAAGGAUCUCAUGGCUGCUCUUGACAAGGAGGUUAAAGCCUUGGAUGAAGACAACUGGAAGUUUGAAGGACCACGUUCCCGGAUCCACCUCGUAUCACAUCGAGGCAACUAUCUACGUCAACCCACAGAAGCUUCAAAGAAUUGGAGUUUGACUCAACCAAAAUAGUUGGAUAUCAGCACUGCACCUCUGUUUUUGAGAUCAAGUGAUUAUGUUGGUGAUCUGCAGAUAUUAUGCAAGUGACUUUUUUUUGCCUCUUGGUUUUUUCUUGGAUAGAACACAGCUGCUAUGCCACAACUUUUUGUAGUAUAUAGUCUUGAGGAGCUCAUCACAAACAAGCUUCUUUUCAUGCAAGAUUUUGUUACAAAGUCCCUCUAUUGCACCCUUGCUCUAUUUGGACGUCUAUGUUUGUCAGUCCACAUGAUUUUAUAUUUAAUGCCUUGUAUUUAUUGUUACAAACAAUUAGAGAGAAGAAAAAGCUGCAAGGUGUAUAAUACUGUAAGUGGCUUAAAUGUUGUGCCUUAUGCUGGCCUUGUAAUUGCUAAUGUUAAUGUUAGUGUUAUAUGAAUCCAGUAUUGAUUGCUCCCAUGUGGUAGUUUUUCUAGUAGUUAGAGAAUGUUGUAUCAUACUUUCAAGUUUGGUAAUGUUGCUCCCUAGUUUUGGAGGAUCAAUGGUUAUUGACGGUUUGGCUGUUCCAACACUUGUAUUUUAGUGUUUGAAAAAAAAAAGGGGCUAAGCUGACAUGUCAGAAUGGAAAAGAAGAUUAUUAAUCGUGGCACUCUCCUCUAUUAACACAAA